CUUCCUUUCUCUGGACGUCGGACAGUCUGAAGAAGAAAGCCCAACUGUAGGUCAAAUACGAACAACAUUUAAAUGCGAUUCAUGAGGUCUUAAAUAGUCAUAGGCAGUAAUUCUGGGGGGAUAAAGAGUGUAGGUGACGAAACGAGGCGACAGGACGCUGGAGGCGCGCGCACGCACGCGUGAGGACAGAAGUUACACGCUUUCUGUGAAGAACCUAAUGACCCGCGCAAAGUCUUAAAGUUAAGCGGAAUCUGUACCGAAAUACGUAAACUUGAAGAAUACGAUGACGACUGAGAAAGAGCUGGUGAUAGACAACAUCGUAACAGAUGCAAUGGCCACUCCUUCUCCAGCCAAAAGUAUGGGCGACCCAGGCAUCACGCCACUCUCCCCCACGCAUGUACUGAAGGACUCAGAAGAGAAUGAGCCUACGAAACACCACUACGUGGUGGUGGUGGCCAUCGACUUUGGGACCACCUCCAGCGGCUACGCAUAUGCCUUCACUAAAGAACCGGAGUGCAUUCACACCAUGAGGCGUUGGGAGGGCGGAGACCCAGGCGUGUCCAAUCAAAAGACACCAACCACCAUUUUGCUGACCCCAGAAAAGAAGUUCCAUAGUUUUGGUUAUGCGGCUCGGGAUUUCUACCACGACCUGGAUCCCACUGAAUCUAAACAAUGGCUCUACUUGGAAAAGUUUAAAAUGAAACUGCACACAACUGCUAAUCUGUCCAUCGAUACAGAUUUGCAUGCGGCCAAUGGGAAAAAGGUGAAGGCUCUUGAUAUAUUCGCAUAUGCUCUGGCCUUUUUCAAGGAGCAAGCUCUUAAGGAGCUGAGUGACCAGGCAGGGGCGGAUUUUGAUAAUGCUGAUGUGAGAUGGGUCAUCACUGUACCAGCUAUCUGGAAGAUGCCGGCCAAGCAGUUUAUGAGAGAAGCAGCAUAUAAGGCUGGUCUAGUUUAUCGUGACAACCCAGAUCAGCUGAUCAUUGCUCUGGAACCCGAGGCAGCCUCCAUUUACUGCCGCAAGCUCCGCCUCCACCAAAUGGUUGAUUUGGACUCCAAAACAGCUCUGAACGGUUAUAACCCAACAGAGAAUGUUGGGGCAGGAAUGGCCCAGGCCAAGGAGCAUGUGCGCCGUAACCGACAGAGCCGCACGUUUCUGGUGGAGAAUGUCAUAGGAGAGCUCUGGUCUGAACUCACUGAAGGUGACCGUUAUGUGGUCGUGGAUUGUGGAGGUGGGACGGUGGAUCUGACGGUGCAUCAGAUACGGCUUCCUGAGGGACACUUAAAAGAGCUUUAUAAAGCUUCAGGAGGCCCAUACGGCUCUAUCGGGAUCGAUUAUGAAUUUGAGCAGCUCCUGUGUAAGAUAUUCGGGCAGGAUUUCAUUGACCAGUUUAAGAUCAAGCGUCCAGCUGCCUGGGUGGAUCUAAUGAUCGCGUUUGAGUCUCGGAAGAGGGCAGCAACCCCUGACCGAAGCAAUCCACUCAAUAUCAACCUGCCUUUCUCUUUCAUCGACUACUACAAGAAGUUCAGAGGACACAGCGUAGAGCAUGCACUGAGGAAAAGCAAUGUGGACUUUGUGAAGUGGUCAUCACAGGGCAUGUUGAGGAUGAGUCCGGAUGCUAUGAAUGCAUUGUUCAAACCAACUAUAGACCACAUUAUACAGCACCUGACCGAGUUAUUUGACAGGCCAGAGGUGACAGACAUUAAGUUCCUGUUCCUGGUGGGAGGAUUUGCCGAAUCUCCUCUGCUGCAGCAGGCGGUUCAGAACAUGCUUCAGGGGCGGAGCCGAAUUAUUAUUCCCCAUGACGUGGGCUUAACCAUUCUCAAGGGUGCGGUGUUGUUCGGCCUUGAUCCCAGCGUUAUAAAGGUGCGGCGCUCUCCGCUUACUUACGGUGUGGGCGUCCUAAACCGAUUCGUGGAGGGGAAGCACCCACCCGAGAAGAUGCUCGUGAAGGACGGAACACGCUGGUGCACCGACGUCUUCGAUACGUUCAUUUCUGCAGAUCAGUCCGUGGCGCUCGGCGAAACGGUCAAGCGCAGCUACACGCCGGCGAAGCCGUCGCAACAGGUGAUCGUCAUCCACGUAUACUGCUCGGAAAGAGAGUCGGUCAGUUUUAUCACGGACCCGGGUGUGAGGAAGUGCGGUACGCUGAAGCUGGAUGUGAGCGGUACCGAGAGUCCAGCGGCACGACGAGAGAUCCAGACCCUUAUGCAGUUUGGAGACACUGAGAUAAGAGCUAUGGCUGUCGAUGUGGCAACCUCUCGUACCGUCAAAGCUAGCAUCGACUUCCUUAGUCAAUAGUAUUAAUACAUGAUAGAAGAGAGAAAUACAAAUAGGGAGAGAAAUGAAGGUCGUAGGUUUGGAGUCUCAACUAAUACAUCGUUUAAAAGUUGAUUUAAUAGUUGUGCCUUUCAUGUUUUUUGUUUGUUUUGUCCUGAUACUGUACACAAGCUUUCUUAUAUCAUAGAGAGAGGAAGUCUUGUUCAUAUCAGACAGUACAUUCAAUUCAUAUGCUUUGAUUAUAAGUCUGCUUGUAGUAUCUUAUUGGCUGUUUUAUGCACAUAGAGAUGAACAUUUGCAUGGGUAGAGCCAAAACAGCUGCGAGUUGCUUCUUGUGCUAGUUCAGCGCCAUGUAUUAACUUAGGAAGUCUGCAUAGCUCUAAGUUCAGGUUAUGGCAGCUACAUCGAUCUUACACAUCAUGGCAGAAAUUUAAUGAAAUGUACUGCUUUGCUCGGGUCUCUUAUGUCGAAAGCAGACGAGUUCAGUGAGUCAGCCAGGUUCUUAUGUUUAUCAUCUCAGAAAUGUAAGGUUUUUGGAAAGGAGAGAGCAGUACAAGUCCCAUGAACUGAUCAAACUUGAGGUACACUGCAAACCAUUUUCUAAGCAGUAUUUUGUGCAGUUUAAUAUAUAUGCAUUCUUUGUACACCAUAAAUUAACUUUAUGUAUGAUAAGGAUUAUUUUAAGAGACUAUAUUUUAAAUUAAGUUGUUUUUACUCCAUUGGUAUUAUUUUUUUUCCAAUAGCCCCGCCUUCUGUCAUUCCUCAUGACAGGAAGUAAAGAGAGGUCGUUUUGAGGAGGGGAAGAGGUUAAUGUUUUUGAUUUAAAGAUUAAAGGAUUAGUCCAUUUUCUCAAAAAAAAAUCCAGGUAAUUUACCUACCACCAUGUCAUCCAAAAUGUUGAUGUUUUUCUUUGUUCAGUCGAGAAGAAAUUGUGUUUUUUGAGGAAAACAUUCCAGGAUUUUCUCAUUUUAAUGGACCCCAACACUUAUCAGUUUUAAUGCAGUUUAUAAGGGUCUUAUCUAGCGAAACGAUUGUCAUUUUUGGCAAGAAAAAAAAUGCACUUUUAAUAACUUCUCGUCUUCCUCCCGCUGUGUGACACGCCAGCGCAACCUCACGUAAUACGUCAUCACGUCAAGAGGUCACGGUUGACAUAUGCGAAACUACGCCCCAGUGUUUACAAGUGUGAGAAAGAGGACCGUUCCGACGUUGUUGUAUGUCGAAUGAUACUAAUUAAUGUCUUUAUGUCAGUUUAUUGUUCAAAAAUGGUCCCCAAAUGUGUGUUUCAUAUAUGUAACACGUGACCUUUUGACGUCAUUACGCAAUUACGUGAGGUCGUGAGAAGUUGUGGUUUAAAAGUGGAUAUUUUUUAUUUUUCUUGCCAAAAAUA